UUUUCCAGAUUUGAGAGACUUCAGAAGGUGGGACAUCUAAAAUGGAGAUGUCAGAGAUCUCUUUGGGUCUAGAAGGGCCUGACAAAGUAACGGAAUAAUUCUAAUUUUAGAGAAGCUUUAGUCCUCAUGCUGGGAUGGCAGAAGAUAAACCUGAUGCUAAGAGCCCCAAGACUGGGGCAAGGCCCCAAGGUGGUGCUGAAGCUGGGGAACCCACCACCCUUCUUCAAAGGCUCCGAGGUACCAUUUCCAAGGCCGUGCAGAACAAAGUAGAGGGAAUUCUGCAAGAAGUACAGAAGUUCUCUGACAAUGACAAGCUGUAUCUCUACCUUCAGCUCCCUUCAGGGCCCAGCAUUGGAGAUAAAAGCUCAGAGCCAAGUAUACUUAGCAAUGAGGAAUAUAUGUAUGCCUAUAGGUGGAUUCGCAACCACCUGGAAGAGCACAUGGAUACCUGUCUGCCAAAGCAGAGCGUCUAUGAUGCCUAUCGAAAGUACUGUGAGAGUCUUGCCUGUUGCCGCCCACUCAGCACAGCCAACUUUGGUAAAAUCAUCAGAGAGAUCUUCCCUGACAUCAAGGCCCGAAGACUGGGUGGUCGGGGCCAAUCCAAAUACUGCUACAGUGGCAUCCGAAGGAAGACCUUGGUAUCUAUGCCACCAUUGCCUGGACUUGACCUAAAGGGUUCUGAGAGUCCAGAAAUGGGCCCAGAAGUAACCCCAGCACCUCGGGAUGAACUGGUAGAGGCAGCCUGCGCCCUGACUUGUGACUGGGCAGAGCGGAUCCUGAAACGGUCCUUCAGUUCCAUUGUUCAGGUGGCCCGCUACCUACUGCAGCAGCACCUCAUCUCUGCCCGAUCUGCACAUGCUCAUGUGCUUAAGGCUGGGGGCCUUGCUGAAGAAGAUGAAAGAGCCCCUCGAGAACGGUCAUCAUGUAAAUCCAAGAAUGGUGUAGAGAACCUGGAAGGUGGCGGCCCUAAGAAGCCUGAGAGACCUGCCCAGCCUCCUAAAGAGCUAGAAGCCCGAGCUGGAACUGACCCUGCAGGACAUGGAGAACGGAAAAAGAGUGUAAUUGACAGCUCAGCUCCAGCAGCCAGUAAGCCACAAGUUAAUGCCCUUGUGGCCCGACUGCCUGUGCUCCUUCCCCGAGCACCACGAUCACUUAUUUCACCUAUUCUGGCCCCUAAGCUUUCUUCAGGCACUCUGAAAGUAGCUACAUUGCCUUUGCCCACUAGGGUUGGAGGACCUCAGGCAGCUGUGCCUAUCAUUAACAUGAUCUUACCACCUGUUCCUACUUUAUCUGGGGCUGGGGCUGGACUUGGGCUUGGGCCAGGGCCUGGGGUUGGGCCAGGACCUGGGGUUGGGCCAGGGCCUGGGGUUGGGCCAGGGCCUGGGGUCGUGCCUGGACCUGGGCCAGGGCCUGGGGUCGUGCCUGGGCCUGGGCCUGGGCCUGGGCCUGGGCGAGUUCCACCCAGGGCACUCAUUCUGCCUAGAGGCACAGAGAACAGGGAGGUAGGCAUAAGUGGUGACCCAAGACCCCAUGACAAGGGUAUCAAAAGGACAGCUGAAGUGCCUCUGAGUGAGGCCAUCGGGCAGGACCCACCAGUUAAAGAAGUGAAGCAAGAUACAGAGGAUACCGUAAGUGAAGCGAAAAGGAAGCGGGGACGCCCUCGAAAAAAGCCAGGUGGGAGUGGGGAGAGACACACUACUCCAGAGAAGGCUGCAGCUGCAGCUGCUGUGAACUCUCCCCGAACUCCAAGGUUACUCUGGGAGACAUGGGGCUCAAAAGGGGAAAAAAACAUAGUUGGGAGACCAGAGAGACUAGGGCCAGUGGGUGAAGCUGAGCAGGAAGCAGUGCCUACUCAAGGUCAGAGAGACUGUGCUGUUUCCAAAGGAGAAAGGAGCCUGAGUUCCCAGCAAGCCAAAGAAGCAGAAGAUAAAAUUCCUCUCAUCACCUCAAAAGUGAGUGUUAUCAAGGGCAGAAUUCAAAGGGAGACUCUUCCAUUGGUAAAGGGAGAGGCUGGCACUGCAACACAGGGUAACAAAGGGUUAAAGGGGCAUGUACUUCAAAGUUCCCUAACCUAUGAGCAUAAAGACCCCAAAGCAACACCCCCAUGAUAGACAGACAGGUUUGUGGGAAGAAUGGCUAUGCUCAUGUGAGCUCAACCUGCCUGCCUGGUAGAGGCCCUUCACUGCACCCGCAUCUCAUUCAGCUAGUCUCUCCCUAAAGGAGCCCAUUCGCCUGGCUUAUGUAGUGCCUGGUGGCUGCUUCAGACCUUUCCAGCUCAGUACCUUGGCUUCAGUACAACCAGUGAAUCUCUAAUGACCUUCCCACCUAGAUCCCUAUGCUCUCCUGGGGGAAACAGAGAUAGGGUAAAUAUGAGUAUAGGUUAAGGAUAUUCUGGUUUCUAAUCAUAGAAAAUUUAGAAGUCACACUUAAGAUUAAAGCCAUUUAUUGGCUUCUGAAAUUGGGAAGUCAAGAGGCGGUGCUGGCUCCAGGUGAGACUUGAUCAGUUGCUCAGUAUGUUUCUCACUGCUUCACCUAAUGUACAAUCAUCCUUAGUUUGGACCACUUCACAGCUGCCAGCACUCCUAGGAUUGUGUGUGACCAUUAUAUCUAAGCAGAAAGAAAGGGUAUUACAGUGCCAGGAAUCCUAGCAAAAGCCCAAAGAUUCACUAUGAUUAAACCAGCCUGGUCAGGUCUAUCCUUGACCAACUAGUGUGGCUACAAAUAUGUUUAUGUAAUGUGUUUAUUAUACAUCAUGGACCAGCUUUGGAAAAAAAAGGGCAGAAUUGGCCUUCUCACACCGCAGACUCCCCAGCUGGAGACGGGGUGGAGGGUGGAGAGUUGCAGGAAGUGUUUUAGCUUGGUAGGGUGAGGUGAGCUAGACUGCUGCCUUAGGUUCCCCAAGUGUUAGAUUUCUCUCACUGCAGCUGUAACUUAUUGUAGUCUGGGAAGGACAGAGAAGGAAGCCAUUCUCUUUAGAGUCUCUUAAUUCUCACAUGACAACUUUUCCAUCUCUGCCUCACAGACAGCUCCUUUUAAAGGUCUAAAUUUUACUCUCUCAGUCCUGCCCACCAGUCUAGUGCCACUUUCUUGGAGUAUAUGAGAUGCCCGUAGCCAUUUCUUUAUAUUCAUUCUGCAUCCACCAGGUGUCAGUCUCUUGUCAUGCGUGUGUCAGGUCCUAGCCAGGACUGUGGGGGUUAGACUAGAUUAACAGAAGAGGUGGUACCAAUCUGCAAGUCAGGGAGCACCAGCAGGAAGGAUCCAGACACUCCAGGAAACAAACUCAUGGUAACUGAGGACCUCCUACUCUGUCCUCUCCACAGGAUGGCUUCUUGUCAGGGAAUCUUGGUUUUUUUUCCCCAAGAAAUACAGAUUUUCUUUCAGGGAGGUAUCACCCAUUACUCCACUUAUUUCCACAAGAGCAGAUUUUUUAAAAAAAAUUAUAGUAUUUGAUAUCUAUAAAGAAAUAUGUACUAUAAAUUAUGAAAUGUAAUGAGUACCUAUGACCCAUCAUUCAAUUUAUACAUUAAAAAUACUAUUAGGUUUAUGCCCCCCUUCCCUGCCUCUGCUUAGAGGUAACCACUGUCUUUAAUUUUAUGUUCAUUAAUCACUUGUUUAUGUAUAUUGGCCAUGUUUGUAUAUAUUCUUUAAGAAUGUAUUAUUUCUUUUUGCUUGUAUUUUAGCUUUACAAAAAUGUUAUACUGUUAGUCCCUUGAAAUUGGCUCUUUUGCACUUACCAUUGUUUCUAAGAUUCAUCUAUGUUGUAAUAGCUAUGGUUCAUUCAUUUUCAUCUGUAUAAUACUUCGGCAAGCACAUAGAACACAACUUACCUAGCCAUUCACCUAUUGAAUAACAUUGGGCUGUUUCCAGUUUUUGUUAUUAUACACAAUGCUGCUAUGAACAUUCUUGUAUAUGAGUGCCUUUGUUUUUAGUAAGAGGUUUCUAAGAAAGAUGGUCCUAAACAGUCCUUUUGGUCUAUGUACCCUCUGAGUUGGGGACUGUUGCCUAUUGUCUUACUUUAUGAAAGAGUUUACAUCAUAUUGAAAUGAACUGUUCUUGAAUGUUUGAUAAAACUCACUUAUAAAGCCA